AUGAAGCAACGUAUUACUUCAUUGGACCUUCAAAUUUUGGGAAAAGAAUUAAAGCUAGAGCUAGAGGGAUGCCGGCUGAAUAAUAUUUAUAGCAUUGCGGACUCUAAUAGACAAUUUUUGCUGAAAUUUAACAAGUCUGAAUCAAAGGUUAAUGUGGUUAUUGAUUGUGGAUUAAAAAUUCACAUUACGGAUUUUACAAGGCCUAUACCUCCUUCUCCUUCACAAUUUGUCAUAAAAUUAAGAAAGCAUUUGAAAUCAAAAAGGUUAACAACGGUCAAGCAGAUAGACAAUGACAGAAUCCUGGUUUUAAGUUUUGCAAAUGGUUUGUAUUUUUUAGUGCUAGAGUUUUUUGCGGCUGGUAAUGUUUUACUGCUUGAUGAGAAUAGGAAGAUAAUGGCUUUACAUAGGGUGGUGCAGGAUCAUCAGACUGCCAUUGGGAUUACUUAUACAAUGUUUGAUGAAACCUUCCUUCAAAACACUGAACAAAAGCUUCCCACUCAAGCUAGUCAUAGCCUAGAUGAAAUUGAACAAUUGAUAGAAGAUAAGAAACUGUUUUACGCCAAUACUAUGACUAAACAAAGUCAAGUAGGAAGCAAAGGGAAACAAAAGAUUCCGUCUAUUCAGAAUGUAAUUUUUAGUGCGUUCCCGCACUUGUCCAAUGAGUUGAUUUUAAAAUGCUGCAAGAGCAGCGGCUUGGAUCCAUCUACGUCAUUACUAGAGUUUGAAGGUAAUAUUAACUCUAUAGUAUGUGCUCUAAAUAAAACUGAAGAAGAGUUUUGCAGUACGUUGAAAAAUUCAAUCAAGAUAGGAUAUAUUUUGGCUAAGAGAAAUGCUCUAUUUGAUGAGGCAAAGGAUAAAGAAGAUACGGAAUACACAUAUGAGCAAUUUUAUCCUUUUGUACCUUAUAUUGCAGAGGAUAAAUUGAAAGACGUAAAAGUUAUUGAAAUUGAAGGCAAUUAUAACAGAACUGUUGAUACAUACUUCUCUACAAUUGAGUCUACAAAAUACGCAUUACGCAUACAAAAUCAGGAAGACCAAGCUAAAAAGAAGCUUGAAAAGGCAAAAAUUGAGAACAAUAAAAAGAUUCAACAGUUAGUGGAUAUGCAACAGUCUAAUGAAAAAAAAGGAUACGCCAUUAUUGCAAAUGCCGAUAUAGUUGAAGAAGCUAAACUUUCUGUUCAAGGCCUUGUUGAUCAGCAAAUGGAUUGGGUUGCUAUGGAAAAGUUGAUUAAGAACGAGCAAUUAAGAGGCAAUAAGGUUGCUCAAUUAAUACAGCUACCACUUAAGUUGAAAGAAAACAAAAUUCAACUGCUACUACCAAUUCCUAACGAUGAAACUGAUAAGCCACCUGGAGAGGAUAAAUCUGACUCCGAUAAUGACGAAUGGUCUGAUGAUAGUUCUUCAACCCCUGAAGAUGAGUAUUUCGAUAAAAAUACUUCUAAACCGACGGAUAACUCUAAAAGCUCUUUAGAGACCGUUAGUGUCAUGAUUGACCUAUCCUUAUCGGCCUAUGCUAAUGCUUCUAAUUACUAUGAAAUUAAAAAACAUAGCGCAAAGAAACAAGCAGGUGUUGAACAGAAUGUGCAACGUGCAAUGAAGAAUAUAGAGCACAAAAUCGAGACUAAUCUAAAAAAAAAAUUGAAGGAACAGCAUGAAGUGUUGCGCGUUCUUCGGAAGCGCUAUUUCUUUGAAAACUAUACUUGGUUCAUUUCAAAUGAAGGAUUCCUGGCACUAAUGGGAAAAAGCGGGAUUGAAACUGACCAAAUUUUCAGUAAAUAUAUCCAGAAAGAUGAUGUGUGCGUUUCUAAUGCUUUUGGAUCAAAGGUGUGGAUCAAAAACCCAUAUUUUACAGAAAUUCCACCUAAUACGUUAAUGCAAGCUGGUGUUCUCGCUAAUUCAGCCUCGGAGGCGUGGUCGAAGAAAGUUGCAUCUUCACCAUGGUGGUGCAGUGCUAAAAAUUUGAGCAAAUUUGAUGAUAUCGACGGUUCUUUGUUAGGUCCUGGGGAAUUCCGAGUCGUCCAUGAAGAGCGCAAAACUUUCCUACCACCAGCACAACUUGUUAUGGGAAUGGCGCUUCUUUGGAAAGUGAAAACGGAUGAUAGCGAUGACAAAUAUGAAGAAACAGGGGAGGCAGAGGAAGAAAUAGAUGGAACAGAGGAUAUGCUGGAAACAAUUGCUGAUGUUAAUCAGAGUAGCUGGGACAAUGAAACUAACGAAACGCCGGGAGAAGCGCAACACUCCUUAGAAGGUGCUGAGGAAGAAACUACUGGUACAUCUGAGCUAUAUAUGUUUUCUGAUGACCAUAUAGAAACAGAAGAAACAAAUUUAAACAAAGCUGCAGCUGAGGCAGAUCCAACCCACUCUGUAACAUCUAUCCUUGAAGCUAUGAGCAAUAAAAAGGUUCGAGGUAAGAAGGGUAAGUUAAAGAAGAUGCAGAAAAGAUACGCUGAUCAAGAUGAAGAGGAAAUGAUAAUGAGAUUGCAAGCGUUGGGUACCCUGAAAGGUAUUGAAAAACAGCGCCAGCAAAAAGAAGAGGAUGCUACAAAACAGAAAGAAAGAGAAAGUAAAAAGAUGAGGCGAGAAAGGCAGAAGCAACAACAGGCAUUAAAAUUCACAUCAUCAGAGUUUGUCAAAAUCAACUACGAUAAGAUAUUUAAGGAAUUAAAGCCCACCCCAUUAGAAGAUGAUGAAAUUCUUGCUGUCCUGCCGGUGUUUGCACCCUGGUCGUCUGUUGGAAAAUACAAAUACAAAGUAAAGAUCCAACCAGGAUCUAUGAAGAAGACGAAAACCAUCAAUGAGGUUUUGCAUCAUUUUUUGACUAGAACUACGGACUCUAAGAAACAAGAAAUUGAUAAAAGUUCAGCUGCUGAAAUCGAUCUGAUAAAACAGCUUAAGGUGCAAGAAUUUAUACCCUUAAUAUGUGUCGAUAGAUUAAAGGUAACCAUCCCAGGUUCUAGUGAUACAAAAUCAAGCAAAGGAAGUUCAAAAGGUAAAACAAAGAAAACUAAGUAA